GAGUCUUCGCGGAUGAGAUUGUUUACCUAUUGUGUCCUUCCACCAGGUUGAUAACAAAAUUUUGUAAGCCCGGCUUAUUUCACAAUGUCGAUCGACUCCUUCGCCCUCUCCCGCAAAAAUGCCAGCCAAGAGCUCGCCCAAUUGGCUGAAGAGCACAUGAAGCACGACCUCCAGCAAUCCGACCGCGAUGCUUUGAACAAUGCUUCCAAGCGAUUCGGUUCAUAUACAGCGAUCGGCUCCCUCGUUGGACUGGGACUUGGUGCGCUUCUCGCCUUGAGAGUGAGGAGGGCGAGGACGGAGUAUUUCAAGGCUUUCCGAGCCAUUGAGAAACCUACGCACGUGAAGUUUGCCGAUGGGAGGGAAGAGGCGCUACCUGAUCUCAGCAAUUUGCUGAGGCCGUCGCCUGUGGGAGAUUUCGCGGCAUAUGUCUUCUUCUCUGCUGGUGGUCUUUUCAUCGGUGGUGAGCUUGGAUUAUUGGCUGGUUCUUGGUCUGCAAAGAGGGCGGUGACGAGUGAUGAGGAACGCCAAAAGAGGAUUGAGAGAGCUGUUAGGAGAUAUAGGGCGGAUGUACUGAGACGAGAGGUACAGAAACUUGAGGCCGGGGAUAAAGAUGGAAAGCUCGUCAAGGUCUGGUGAGAUUCGUGCCGCACUGGCAGAACAAUAUUCUCGGUUAGGAGGUGUUGGAGGCGCUCGCAUCUGAGAGCAUUGAAUGAGUGGUAAUUUUGGUCGCGUCCAGAAAACGGACCAGCUACCGCUUCUUGGCACUGGCAGUUACAGUCUGCUCCGUAAAUGAUGUCCAACAACUCCCGGAAUCACCACUGUACCCUCCAGCUUUGCUUUCCGUUAUCUCCCUUCGCGCGUCGUUCUUCAAGCUCUCCUUGACUUCAGGCUUCAAAUCUCUUCUCAGCUGAUUCCGGACCUCGCCCCGCAUCUCGUUCCUCAAGCUCUCUGUGGCUUCCGCGCAAGUCUGUCAUUGCUUCGGCGAUGAAUGAAACAUCCGUCCCAGACCGAGUCAGUCCUGCUCGAAUUUUCCGUUCGAUAUGCGUCGUGACUCC